AUGCAUUGGCAUAGAAGUAAAAUGAAAUAAAUAAUACUCAUUUCUAAAUAAAUAAUACUUAUUUUUGUAUUUAAUAAGGACUGUUUUAACUGAAACUAUAAAAGAUUAUUUUAGUAAUUGCAGUUUUUUCUGGAUGACAGUACAACGUAAGGAAAAAUUUGGACUAUACAUCAUUAAAGAAGGUAGAAAAGAACAGAAUAGCACUGGUAAACAUUUAGUUCCUCUGAGAUACAUUUAUAUUAUAUAAUGAUAUCACUCACAAUCUUUCCAUUUUUUUGUUUUGCACAAUUGUUAAAAUGCUAAGGACCCCUCCUUUUCACUUGCAUUAAAACCUAAGCUACAUUAUUUUUAUUUAUUAUAUAAACUGCACCCAAUAAUUCCAAACAGGAGUCCCUGAGCAUAUUAUUACACAUUAUUCAAAAUAAACUAGAAUGGAACUUAACAACUGAUUUGUAGAAAUCCAAGUCUUGAAUGCUCAUGGAUGUUUCUAUGCUUUCUCAAAGCUCAGGCUGAAUAAAUGUGAUUUUUUUGUGCGGGUUUUUGUUUGUUCUUUGCAGGACAUCUUACCAGUUAUACUUCCAAACAUUUCAUUGAGAAAACAAUUAAACAAGACAUAUUUCAUGUAAUCUGUACUCAGAGCAUAUAUGCUAAUACUAACUCCAAUUCUGCAUGUGUUUUGUUCCUCUAGAUCAGCAGUGGGUAGAAAUAGGAUCUACUGGGACAUCUCAGGUUGGUCUGAAUGUUAGCAAGAAUUUCUGACUCCAAAAUAUUCAAUAAUGGCAGCAACAAAAUGACUUCCUUUGCCUGCCACCACAAAAAAAUAGACUGCCAAAAUGAAAUCCUUCGGUUAGGGCACAACCAGGAAUGGAUUUUUAUACUGGACUGUGAGGUCUAUUCAAUUGUGAUACUUAAAUCCCUGAAUACUUCAGUUUUGUGAUCCAAAAUCCAUAGUACUGUAACACUUUUAAUAGGCCAACUCAGAUGAUACCAAGUACUGUGCAAGCUUUCGGAUUCUCUAGAAUUCUUCUUAAAGGUGGUAAACAAAGUAAAAAAUUGUGGGUGGGUGAUGUUCUUUCCAUGAGUGUGUUGCGUUUGGAAUUCUUCCCUCAGCAGGAUGCCAUACCUCCCCAUUUGGCUUAAUAUGCAUUUGGCUUAAUAUGAUCUAGCACCUGCUUGUUCGUCAUCCCUGCUGUCCAUGGAAUGGCAGGAGCCUCCACCAACACCACAGCUCAAAUGAGUCAAUUUUUCUCUUGUCUAAUUUUUUCAUUGUCUGACUUUCACAGAUGUAAAUUGCUAUCAGAAAAGCAAUCAUUUGGACCUGUCAGCACUUGGUUGCCAAGCUGAGUGUUUUUUCACACUCGAUUCAUAUUUGUCAUUGCCACAGGACCUAAUGAAAUUCAUUGACUUAUUUCUGGACUGCGUUCAGCCCUGCAAGUAAUCAUCAACUGCCCAGUAUGGUGACCCAAAGCAAAAAACAGGAAAGAGUGUCUUAGUGAUACUCCUUGAUUUCUUAGCAGCAUUUGACAUUAUCAUUUAUGGUAUCUCCUGGUCAGUUUGAGUUGGGAGUCACUGUUUUGCUCGGACCUAGCCAGCCAUUUCCAGAGGAUGGUGCUUGGGGGAAGGGGUUACUGCUUUACUCCUUGGUGUGUUACUAUGCUAACACACAACUCUCCUUUUCCGUAUCAGCUCGGUGCAGUUAUAGAGAUGCCAAAUUGGAUGAUCCUCAAUAAACAAUCCAGACAAGCCAGGCUGUGCUAUUACAUUGUUCCUCUGUCUGGAUAAGGAAUGCAAUCAGUUCUGGAUAGGAUCACACUUGCCUUAAAGGAGCAAAUGUGCAACUUGAAAAUAAAAAAUCUUCGUUUUCGCUAGACUCGGCAAAAUCUACCAAACAGAUCUCAAGGCAAAACAGUAGGAAGAGAGCAGUGGAAUCAUUUAGCUACUGGUCCGACGAACUAUAUUCUGUAAAUACAAAUCUCCCAUUCCAGUUAGUAUUGAUGAGGAACUCUGAAACAAUACUCUGACAAAAUGGUCUAAGACCACGAAUUAAUGUUCUCAUUUUGCACAUGAGAAGAGCGGAAGAAAACAAUGAGCCAUGACAAAGAUUUACUAUUUAAUCUUGUUUUGUUUGUAAACGACCAGGACGCAAAACCUUGCCGACGCACUGCAAAUUAGAUCUGCCAGAAGAUCCGCGUCUACCUUCACUAAGUCCUUCCCUAAAGGAGCCACCGUAGCUGGGCCGCUAGCGUCUUUCAUGGGCUAGUUCUUCACCAGCUCCCAGGAAAUAUCCGGAAGCGCAAAAGCCACCAGACUGCGCCGGAGCGAGCAACUUGAGCCGCCUUCGGGGCAUCGAGGCUCGCCUGCCCCGUCGCAGUAACGGAACUAGCCGCGCCGUAGCCGCUACGCGGUUGGGUCACGCUGGCGCCUGCGCAGUGCGUCCCCUGGAAAUCGUCACGGCCCGGGUUUGCUAGCGGUUGAGAGCAGCCGGAGCGACUCGACUUCCUGACGAUAAAGAUGGCUGAUCAUUGGCAAGAAUGCAUGGACUUUGCUGUGACUUUAGCAAGAAAAGCUGGAGAGGUCAUCCGGGAGGCACUGACAAAGGAGAUAGAUGUCAUGAUUAAGAGUUCUCCAGCAGAUCUAGUAACAGUCACUGAUCAAAAAGUGGAAAAUAUGAUUAUUUCUUCUAUAAAAGAAAAAUACCCUUCUCACAGCUUUAUUGGAGAAGAAUCAGUUGCAGCUGGUGCAGGAAGUACCUUGACAGAUAAUCCCACUUGGAUUAUUGACCCUAUUGAUGGAACUACUAACUUUGUCCACAGGUUUCCUUUUGUGGCAGUUUCAAUUGGCUUUGUUGUAAAGAGAGAGAUGGAGUUUGGAAUUGUGUAUAGCUGCGUAGAAGACAAAAUGUAUACUGGGAGGAAAGGAAAGGGAGCGUUCUGUAAUGGGCAAAAGCUCCAAGUAUCACAACAGCGUGAUAUUGCGAAAGCACUCUUAGUGUCAGAGCUGGGAUCCAACCGUGAUCCAGAAGUUAUAAAAACGGUUCUUUCUAACAUGCAAAGACUUCUCAGCAUUCCUGUGCAUGGGAUUAGAGCGGUUGGGACAGCAGCCAUAAAUAUGUGUCUGGUGGCAGCAGGAGGAGCGGAUGCCUAUUAUGAGAUGGGAAUUCAUUGCUGGGAUAUGGCAGGAGCUGGAAUUAUUAUUAUGGAAGCAGGUGGAGUACUGCUAGAUGUCUCUGGAGGACCAUUUGAUUUGAUGUCCAGAAGAAUAAUUGCUGCCAACAGCCAAGUAAUAGCAGAGCGGAUAGCAAGAGAGAUUCAGGUGAGGCUGUGGAUCUGCUAAAUCAAUGCCUGGCUACAACACUGGACUGAAUGAGGACUAACAAACUGAAGCCAAAUCUGGACAAGACUGAAAUGCUAUUGGUGGAUUAUUCUUCUGACCUUUUUGCACUUCCCCGGAAGGAGCAGGUUUCUAGCUUUGGUGUUCUCGGUGAUCCAUCUUUGCUACUUGAGGCUCAGUGGCAUGGAGCACCUUCUGCCACCUUGCCAUGCAUAUCUGGAUAGGGAUAGCUCAGUAUAAGGCAGCUUCACAGGUUUUGUUUCCCUCUGCUGUUUUUCCAGCUAUUCGAUGUGUCGUCGUCAUUCCCCCACCCGCACAGAGAAAAAGCACAUCCAUAUGUGAUGUGUGGCAAUAAAUAGAAAACUGGGCUAUUUUGAUGGUUCAGUUGGAUGAUGGAUGAAUUUAGUUGACUGAUGUCCUCUCUAAUCAGUCUUCCAUGACUGUGUAUAUUGAGCCAAAGUUUACACACAUAUCAUGGCUAUACAGAUUCCGGGAUUAACUGGGAGGAAGAAAUUCAUCAUAUUUUCACCUAUUAAUUUUCUUCUGAUAGUUACAUGGUUGCCAUUCCUCUUCACAGGAAUCAGAGCAUAACUGUCCCUCGUUAUGAUGUUGUAAAAAGAAGGCAAAUGAUAACAAGGAAGAUGCUUAUCUCAGUUCCUGAUGACUAAAUGAACUAAUAGUGUCACCCACUUCCUCUUACUUCACUCAUAACUUAUCUUUCUCUAGCGGAAGUUCUGAUGAUUAGCAGACUCCAUUAUCAAAAUAUUCUAUUUCCUAUUCUAAGGCAUGGGAAUAGUAUUUAGAGAGAACAGUAAUAUUAAACUUGGCAUGCCUAUUAUCCAUUGUUGCUCUUCCAACCUUUGGCCCAAUCUGAAUGAGCUCUCAAGAUCCAUGGCAUGGCAGAAUCAUUGCAGCACUGCAGAUAAUCACAACCCGGCCAGGCUCCUGCUGAUAACACCUAUUCCUACACAUGGGACAAAAGAAGUAAGAAAUGGCAUCCUCCUUUUUAAGAAGAAUUCAUCAUGAAUGUGGAAAAACAUGUUAAUGACAGCAUCAUAAUCAAAGAAGUCAGGGAUGAUAUAAAAUCACCUUCUAUACUUGAAUGUUUUGAAGCCACUUUUUCCUAAUUUACAGCUCCAGUAAAUCACAGCAAAGACUUUGUGAGCAGAAAGAAAAACACCCAGAUAAAAUAACAUUUCCUUUUGGGUGUAUCUAUACAUUAAUACAUACAUUAAUAUCUGCAUACGAGUGAGGAAAGGGAUAGAAGUAUCUUGUUGAGAUGUCUGGUGCUGUGCUCUUCAAAAAUGAGUAUCCCCCUUUUAGGCUGUACUUUGUUAUCUAUAUGCACUUUCAUUUCAUGCUAUGUUCCAUCUUUCUUCCCAGUGGGCCCAAAAUGAAGUUCACAAAAAUAUGACAUCAUCCUAAGGAAAACACAACUCAUUCAAAAGACACAUGUAAAAUAUUUAGGCAACCACACUGCAGACAUUUAUCUACUCGGAAAUAAUUCCCAGCUGGUUUACCCCCAACUAAGUGUGUAUGGAAUUUCUUUCAGCCCAAAGGCCAAAUUCCAUUUUGGAAAAACUGCUGGAGGCUGCAUUCCUCUGUUGGUUAAGACGGAAGGCCAAAUUCAGCAGGAGCAGCAGCCACACUUCUGGGUCCACUGGAGUAAUGGCAAAUGGAAGCAAACAAAGCCAAGAUGACACUAUGGCUGACACUGUCAUCCAGCAGGUGGACAAAGGAACUGCUCUUGUCCUUACUUCCACAGAUUGGGCCUGAAGAGAAAUAAGUAGUGAGGAAGGGGCACCCAACAGCAGCAAAGAAGAGAGGAAGCAGCUAUCAUAAGUUUUGAGGUUCUAAUCUACCCAGGCCAUUCUAGUUUAUGCUUAUUGAUUCAUACUGCAAAUCCAAUACAACCAACAUGCUACGUGAGUCACCUUUGAAUUGGAUCACAGGAAUCAACAGAACUUAAUUUAAGGGAACUAAGGGGUUAAGCUUAGCUGCCUUCAUUUUCCGAUCAGGAGUCUAAAAGCUUUAACAGCUGCUCAGGCAGUAACUCAGCAGGUAAGGAUUCCUAUCACUGUCUUACUUUUUUACUUGACAGGAAAAUGGAAGGAGAACAGGUUAAGGAAACUAUGAUAAU